CGUCAAUCUGAGCUUAAAUACUCAUUGUUAAUUAGUAGCAAUUACAGUCAAAUGUAAGAUUGCCAAUAUAAUACCUUCUUAUAACGAAAAUAAUGUUGAUUAAAGUAAAGAUUUGAAACACACAAGACCACACAAACGCUAACUCAAACAGCUCGUUGCCACGGCAACCGACAGCGAAACAAACGAUUGUCAUUUAACUAACAGUGUUAUUAAUUUACUAGCUUUGUCGCUAAUUAACCAUGAGCAAAACUAAGAGUGGGGCUCUGUGGGAGGACAGGGAAGUGUUAUUCGAUUUGCCGUUCGCCUACCUAAAAUUGCGUUCGGGUGAGAAGAUCUUCGACAGAAUCGAGCCAGUAGAAGACACGAAAGGCAACACAGGCACUAAGGGCCGUAUGGUGGUCACCAAUCUACGACUCAUUUGGCAUUCAUUAUCAUCCCCUAGGAUUAAUUUGUCGGUAGGCCUAAACUGCAUCAUCUCAACCAGUACCAAAGUGGUGAACUCGGGUCUGCGCGGCACCACGCAAGCUCUUUACCUCCUGGCUGCUUACAGGGCCAGCCGAUACGAGUUCAUCUUCACCAACUUGGCUCCGAACUGCGUACGGCACUACACGUCCGUCACAGGUGUACACAAGGCUUAUGUAGCUUCAAGGCCAUAUCGUGAUCUGAAACUUCGCAGUGCCAUCAUCCACAAUAAGCAGCUCAGGAUACUGCCGUUAGAGAGGAUUUGCCUGAACGAACAUAGCAUCUGGAACCUGUCCAGCGAGUCCGGCAACCUGGGUACUAUGGUGGUCACCAACGUAAGGGUGGUGUGGUACGCGGACAUAAACGAUUCGUUCAACGUGUCCUUACCCUACUUGACCAUUGAUAGCAUCUCAACUCGCGAUUCAAAAUUUGGCGAGGCUCUUGUAAUAGCUGCGCGUCAGAGCAGCGGCGGCUAUGUCCUAGGCUUCCGAGCAGACCCUAAGGAAAGACUAUACUCUUUGAGGGACGAGUUGAAAGAGCUACAUCGAGCGUACAGCGAGAGACCUGUGUUUGGAGUUGAGAUGAACUGGAACGAGCAACCCUCCGAACCACCAAAAGACGACAUCGAAGAGCUUCAAGAAAUCGGUGAACCACGAGGCGAGAUGGGCCCCAACCUCUACCUCGCAUCCCAGCUAGCUCAAAACAAGCCUGAUGAUGAAAUACAGCCGGUUUACAGCGCGUAUCUCGGGCUGGCCAUAGAGCCUUUGAAGGAGGGGUUCACGCUGAAAAGUCUUUUUGAAGUGCAGACUAGCUCUUCGUAGAACUGUUCCAUUUUGUCGGUUAAGCUAAGUUAGAAUGACCUCGUUGUAUGAAUUUGAAAAAAUGUGAUUUAAUCAUUCAUGAUAAAUUAAUAAUACUUGGAGAUUAUAAUUAUAUGGACGUAUUACUACGUUA